AUGGCGACAACGAAAGUAGUGCGGAUUCCUCCGGCGCCAGAAAGUUCAGCACUAUCUUCCAAAGCAGAAAACAUCAGUUACCCAAGAUGGUUUGGUGGAUCGGCCUCUUGCGUGGCUGUGAUUGUUUCCCAUCCUUUUGACCUUAUUAAGGUGCGAAUGCAAACCGUAUCAAACGGCACUAAGCAGAGCACUAUUAUUACCGGCAUGAGGAUUCUUCAGGGUGAAGGAGCCAAGGGAUUUUAUCAUGUGACCUAUGGUACAUCGCGCAUUGCUCUCUAUGAAGAGAUGAAACAAAGUGCAAAAAAAUCCAACCAACCGCUUUCAACGCCCAUUUUAGGGAUUAUGGCCGCAUCAUCGGGGUUUAUCGGUGCUAUUUUUGGCACCCCUGCAGAUAUUGCAAAUGUUAGAAUGCAGAAUGACGCCUCGUUACCGCAGCAGCAGCGCCGCAACUAUCGAAAUGUACUCGAUGCAUGGGUCCAGAUGAAACGAACCGAGGGUUGGAGAUCUUUUCGGCAAGGAUUGUGGCCUAAUUGCUUUCGCUCUGGGAUUAUGACCGCCAGCCAAUUGGCAUCAUAUGAUUCAUUCAAAAGAUUGAUACAUAAAUUAUGCGACACAGAUGAGGAAAGGCCUUUGAUUCACUUCGCUGCCUCUCUGUUGGCGAGUUUAGUCGCAACCUCAAUUUCAAGUCCCAUGGAUGUCAUCAGAACUCAGUUGAUGAGCUCUUCAAAUAAGACUUCAGUUUUUGAAGUUGUGCGAAACCUGAUGCACGUUGAGGGUCCCAGGUGGGUUUUUCGUGGAUGGACCCCAAGCUUUGUUCGCUUGGGUCCUCAAACAAUUGCCACGCUGGUGCUGUUGGAGCAGCAUAAAAAGAUUUACCGGAUGUUGAAUUCAUAG